GUUUUUCAUUCUGCUUACAGUUGGAUUGCUGGUGGGCACCAUGGCUCAGACCAAAGCAGGGCCAGAGAUCAAGGAAGCGAACACAGAUCGCUUGGCGCCCAUUGCCUAUGGACCCGAUACUCCGCAGUAUGGACAGAUGGAUAAGAACUAUCGUGGCCUUCCGUUGCACUUUGAGCUCUCACCGUGGCCGCCGGAACCAGGCUAUCCAGUCUGCAAGACCCUUUGGGGCUUUCCUGGCAAAACCACCGAGGACAGUAUGAGUAUCCUGGACUUGGCGAUUUUAGCCUUUGCGAGUUCCAUGUGGGAUGAGCGGGCCAUUCGG